AUGCGUCUUCUCAGGCCCAUUCCCUUUGUUCUUGCUUUAAUCCUGCUUCCAGCCCUUGCCGCAAGCAUUGACGCAGACCCUUCAAGACCUUGUGGCAGCAACGAAAUAUGCAGGUAUACUACUGACUACGAGAUGGAAGAUUUUCCUGUUCGUGAGAAUGAAUGCACUUGCUCUGAGAAUAUCCAUUAUCACACUUGCCAACAAGCCUAG